AGAGAAAGAGAGAGAGAGAGCAUGCAUCAACCCGCGUGCCGGCCGGAUCCUCCCCAUUGCUAUAGGUGAGCGCUGGAAGAGACUAAGUCUCUGUGAGGUCCACGGUAGUUUGGAGCUGAUUGGAGGUCUUGAUCGGCGGCGGGGGUGGGCGGUGAUAACUGUGGUGACACCGGUAGUGGCGGCGGUAGCCGGCUUGCCCUCGCCGCCUGCUUCGUGCUUUCUUCGCGGCGGAGAAAAGACUAGAACAAAACGCUGAUAUAGAGUAGUAGACUUCGUUUGACUCUUCUGAAAUAGGGGGUUAGGAAGCCAGACAAUAGAUGAAAGCAUUAAGACGAUCCAACACCUCUUCUUCAAGCCGGGCCUCCUCGUCGUCUCUUCCGUUGUCAUGGAUUCAAUUGCGGUCGCUUCUCAUUAUGUCCUCUUCCACAGUUCCCGAUCGAGGUAAUCUAAAAUCCCCAUGGUCUCAAAGGAAAAGACAACGAUCAGCACUUUCUCGCCGUUGUUGGAAUAGUCUAUUUGCAGCAAAUGGAAGGCUUCGUGAUGGUGGCAUCAAGUUUUUGAAGAAGGCCAGAAAUAGAGGAAUUGAUCCAAGCAUUAGGUCAGAUGUUUGGCCAUUCCUCCUUGGAGUAUAUGAUCUAAACAGCUCAGAGAUGGAAAGGAAUGCAGUUAAAGUGCGGAAGAGGAUAGAAUAUGAGAACCUGAGGAUAAGAUGCCGUAAGAUCUCAAACUUUUCCAAUCAGGGGAACUCAUUGCUGACCUUAGACAAGAUAUAUAGUGAAGCGUGGCUUGAUCUUAUCGAGGAUCCAUAUUCUCCAAAAAUCUCUGAAUAUGGAACAUCAGCGUUCUCUCUUUCUUUAUGGAGUGGCAAUGAAGAUGGACCAGUAUAUGACAGGAGUCCAGACGCUAACAGUAAUUUGGGAGGGGAAGAUGGCCAUAGUGUGAUCACUCAUUUAGAUGUUUUCCUUGCCGGAACAGACUCAUCUGAUUCUGAUCACUCAGUUGAAAUACUUGGAACUGGAGAAUCUUAUUCCAAACUAACCAAUAGUGCUUCCCUCAAAAUCGAUAAUUCCAAUCGGACAAUCGAAGACUUUAGAACAUGGCAGCGAAUUGUCCGACUCGAUGCGAUCAGAGCUGAUCCUGAGUGGGUUAUCUAUUCCCCAACACAAGCUGGCAUAUCUGAGGUGGCUGCAAAGCGAUAUGCCAAAGCUGUUGGGUUGAAAGAUUUUGAUCACCUGGAGCCAUGCAUGAUAUACCAUGCUUCUCGUCUAGUUGCUGCGCUCGAGGCAUAUGCAAUAUAUGACCCAGAAAUAGGCUACUGUCAGGGGAUGAGUGAUCUCCUGUCACCAAUAUUAACAGUGAUAGAAGACGAUUGUGAAGCCUUUUGGUGUUUCGUUGGUUUCAUGAAGAAGGCACGGCAUAACUUUCGGCUUGAUGAGCUUGGCAUCAGGAGGCAGCUGGCUAUUGUGUCUCGGAUAAUCCGUUCCAAGGACGCACAUCUUUACCACCAUCUUGAGCAGCUCCAGGCUGAAGACUGCUUCUUUGCGUACAGGUUGGUAUUGGUUCUGUUUAGGAGAGAGCUGACAUUGGAGCAGACUCUUUGCCUGUGGGAAGUGAUGUGGGCCGACCAGGCAGCAAUACGAGCAGGGAUUGGGAGGUCAGCGUGGGGUAGAAUGAGGCUGCAAGCACCACCUACGGAUGACCUUUUGCUCUAUGCCAUUGCUGCCUUUGUGCUGCAGAGGAGGAAACUAAUCAUAGAGAGGUACAGCAGCAUGGAUGAGAUCAUGAGGGAGUGCAAUAGUGUGGCAGGGAAACUGGAUGUUUGGAGGCUCUUGGAUGAUGCCCAUGAUCUGGUGGUAACCCUCCAUGACAAAAUUCAAUUACACCUUGCUUGAGAUUUCUUAAAUGUUACUUUUUAGGGCUCUUUAUGUAUUUUUCUUCACAUGGUCUCAUAACGGUUUAAUGCCUUCUCUUUUUUGUGUAUUUUUAACUAGUAUAAACGAUUCUGGUGGAUGAUGUAGAUUUUCUGUGAAAAUUCACAGGAAUACGAGGAGAGCUGAAAUUAUUAGAUCAGUGGGAGGAACUGGUUCUCUAUUAAUUCUGGAACCAUUUAAUUCUAAUUUGAAGCA